CCUAGGUAACACUGUUUUGUAGUUGGGAGAAUGGAGGCUUAAGGAGAUAUGUUUGUUUGGUUGUUGUUCUGGGAUAAAGAGUAAUUGGGAACCCAAGGGGGGCAGUAAGAACCGGGUUGUGAAAGUUCCCGCUCUUUGAAUCUAAAAACAUUUACAACAAUUAACUUUUUAAAGUUGAUUUGUUAAAAUGAAAUGGGGGCGCCAAGCCUAUGGACGGAGAAGUAACGCUAUAACAUUUCUACCCGAUCAAGGGCUGUGACAACAGACGAUUUGGGUAAUAAGAGGACUGGUAGCAAGAAGCCCAGAAGAUCACCAAAGAGAGGGGAGGCAACUUUAAAACAUCUUGGCUUUCUGGGUUAGCAGAAUACUGGCAGAUUCAUUUGGGUGUAUGCAAAUCCAAAUUUGAGAAAACGAAUAAAGGGAAAUUGGUCACUGGUGUGAGCAAACUCCACAAGGUUUAAAACAACUUCUUAAAAUUGCUAAACAGCAGUAGAACUACGGGGUAACAGGGCUACUGGAGAGUCCAUGGUCUGUUCCUGUGUGAAAUUAGAAUACAGACAAAUCACAAUAAAAUUUGGUGAACUCAUUUAAAACUUUCCGAACAGCGGUGGAUGAGUAUUUCAUUUUACAACAGCAUGGAAUACUUUUAUCAACAAGUCUUACAAAAGGACGUGUCCCGGCGGCUCCAGGUUGGCCAAGAGCUAAUCGACUACCUUAACGAUCCGCAAAAAUCUUCUGAUGUGGAGCAGGACCGACAACAACUGGAUGCGACCAUAGAUGAGUUAGCGGGCUGGGUAAACUCCAGCAAUUUUAAGGUGACAUUACUGGGGAUAGAUCUUAUAAGUGCAUUUGUAGACCGGCUAUCAGAUCACUUUAAAGGCUACGUAGGAACUGUUCUUCCAGCGCUGAUUGACAGACUGGGCGAUGCCAAAGACCAGGUCCGAGAGCAGUCACUAAAUCUCAUUCUCAAACUGAUGGACCAGGCUGCUUCACCAAUGUAUGUUUGGGAUCGUUUGUGUGCUGGUUUUAAACACAAGAACUUUCGCUGUCGAGAAGGAGUGUGCCUUUGUCUCAUUCAGUCCUUAGAUACGUACGGAGCUAAACCCUUAACGUUAAACAAGCUAAUGCCAUUCCUGUGCACCUUGUCGGGAGAUUCAAACAGUCAAGUUAGAGAGACGGCAAUAACGGCAGUAUUGGACAUUUACCGACACGUAGGGGAGAAAGUAAGAAUUGACCUGAGCAAGAGGGGACUUCCAGCUGCACGGUUACAAGCGAUAUUUAAUAAGUUUGAUGAAGCACGCAACUCUGGGAAUAUGGUUUUAAGCUGUGUUUCGGAUAAAAGUUUUGAAGAUGAUGAGUCCGUGGAUGGGAACAGGCCCUCGUCGGCCCAGCCUGCAUUCAAGGUCCCUGCGCCCAAGAAGCCUGGCAAUCCUAGCAGCAGCUCCAGGAAACCAGGCACAGCAACUGGGAAGUUAGGAGGCCUGUCAAAGGAGGGAGCUGGGGUAAUUGAUGAAGAAGACUUUAUCAAGGCCUUCACUGAUGUCCCUACAGUUCAGAUUUAUUCCACGAGAGACCUGGAGGACAAUCUCAACAAAAUCAGGGAAAUCCUUUCAGAUGACAAGCAUGACUGGGAUCAAAGAGCCACUGCACUCAGAAAGUUCCGUUCGUUGUUGAUUGCCGGGGCUGCAGACUAUGACUGUUUUUACCAGCAUCUGCGAUUGUUGGAUGGAGCGUUUAAACUGUCAGCUAAGGACCUGCGCUCCCAGGUGGUUAGGGAAGCCUGCAUCACUGUCGCAUAUCUUUCCUAUGUGUUGGGAAACAAGUAUGACCAUGGGGCAGAAGCCAUUGUGCCUAUUUUGUUUAAUCUGAUUCCCAACUGUGCCAAGGUUAUGGCAACGUCUGGGGUGUCAGCAAUCAGAUUCAUCAUACGGCAUACCCAUGUACCAAGGUUGAUUCCUCUAAUAACCAGUAACUGUACAUCUAAAUCAGUUGCAGUGAGAAGGCGAGGCUAUGAGUUCCUUUAUUUGUUACUACAGGAGUGGCAAACACAUUCCUUAGAAAGACAUGUUGCAGUUCUGGUGGAAAGCAUUAAGAAAGGGAUCCGCGAUGCUGAUGCCGAGGCCAGAGUGGAAGCGAGAAAAGCUUACUGGGGUUUGAGGAAUCACUUCCCAGCAGAGACGGAGGCCCUGUAUAACUCACUGGAGCCGUCCUACCAGAGGACCCUGCAGUCUUGCCUGAAGAGCUCUGGCAGCGUAGCCUCGCUUCCCCAGUCUGACCGCUCCUCCUCCAGCUCGCAGGAGAGCCUCAACCGUCCUUUUUCCAAAUGGUCAGUUUCAGGAGCUUCCGUUGCACCAGGAAGAGUACACUCAGGUAUGAAGGCGGCCCCGAGUCCAGGAUCCCUGCAGCGGUCAAGGAGUGACAUCGAUGUCAACGCGGCGGCAGGCGCCAAAUCUCGACAGGCAGGUGGAGCAAGCCGCUCAGCAGCGUCGGGCCUCCCACCAGGUUCCUAUGCCUCCUUAGAUGAUGCACCUGAAAAAAUAGAGGGUCGGGUUCGCUCAAAGCUGUCAGCAGCCUCUGGUGGGAUUGCAGGCAGUCAGGUAGACUCCCGGGGACGCAGCCGGACAAAAGUGGUUUCUCAGUCUCAACGAUCACAGUCCGCUAACCCCAUUGGUGCUGGCAGUCGCUCUGGCUCCCCUGGCAGAGUUUUGACUAGCACUGCACUCAGUACCAUGAGCAGCGGAGUCCAGAGAGUGCUGGUCAGUGCGGGCUCCGCACAGAAGCGCAGUAAGAUCCCUCGCAGUCAGGGCUGCAGCAGAGACUCCAGCCCAACACGCCUGUCCGUAGCACCGUCAAGUCAUCAGCAAAUCUUCAAUGGCGGCAGUAGAGGAGCGCGAGGCAGCCGCAUUCCUCGUCCUAGUAUGAGUCAGGGCUGUAGCCGGGAGGCCAGCCGAGAAAGCAGCAGGGACACAAGCCCUGUCCGCUCUUUCCAGCCCCUUGUUUCCAGACACCACUCCAGGUCCACAGGUGCCCUCUACACAGCUGAUGUUUUGGGGACUGCAGGUUCUGGGUAUGGAAUCAGUCAGUCAAGCAGACUGUCCUCCUCUGUGAGCGCUAUGAGGGUUCUCAACACAGGCUCUGAUGUGGAGGAGGCGCUAGCAGAUGCAUUGCUGUUAGGAGACAUAAGGAGCAAGAAGAAGUCUGCGAGGAGGAGAUAUGAAACUUAUGGAAUGUACUCUGAUGACGAUGCCAACAGUGACGCGUCCAGUGCCUGUUCAGAGCGUUCCUAUAGCUCUCGCAAUGGUAGUAUCCCCACCUACAUGCGGCAGACUGAAGAUGUGGCAGAGGUCCUGAACCGCUGUGCCAGUUCCAACUGGUCUGAGAGGAAGGAGGGACUGCUGGGACUGCAGAAUCUGCUUAAGAACCAGAGAACGCUGAGCCGUGUUGAAUUGAAAAGGCUGUGUGAAAUCUUCACUAGAAUGUUUGCAGACCCGCACAGCAAGAGAGUGUUCAGUAUGUUCCUGGAAACACUGGUAGACUUUAUUCAUGUCCACAAAGAGGACCUGCAGGACUGGUUGUUCGUAUUACUAACGCAGCUCCUGAAGAAAAUGGGUGCAGACUUACUUGGCUCUGUGCAGGCAAAGGUCCAAAAAGCCCUUGAUAUUACAAGGGAGUCGUUUCCAAAUGAUCUCCAGUUUAACAUUUUGAUGCGAUUCACAGUGGACCAGACUCAGACACCGAAUUUGAAGGUGAAAGUUGCGAUACUGAAGUACAUUGAGACGCUGGCUAUGCAGAUGGAUCCUGGGGACUUUGUUAACUCCAGUGAAACCCGGCUAGCCGUCUCGCGAAUCAUCACCUGGACUACUGAGCCCAAGAGUUCUGACGUCAGGAAGUGUUCAGGCAGCGUUACCAUGGACGUCACAGAACCCCAAAAAACAAAUAUUGAGGACGGCAGGGGGGCAACUGCAUAUAAAGCGGCACAGGUUGUGUUGAUUUCUUUGUUCCAACUCAACACCCCAGAAUUCACUAUGCUGCUCGGAGCUUUACCAAAAACUUUCCAGGAUGGCGCAACCAAACUUCUUCAGAACCAUCUUCGGAACAGUGGAAACACUGCCCAGGCUCCCACAGGUAGCCCGUUGACUCGACCUACACCACGCUCCCCAGCCAGCUGGUCCAGCCCCCUCACCUCUCCAACAAACAUGUCUCAGAACACUUUGUCGCCAAGUGCAUUUGACUAUGAUACAGAAAACAUGAACUCAGAAGACAUCUACAGCUCUCUCCGUGGAGUGACAGAAGCCAUUCAGAACUUCAGCUUUCGCAGUCAGGAAGACAUGAACGAGCCGGUCAAAAGGGACUUGAAAAAAGAUGGCGACGGAGAAGCUGGUGGGAUGGGAAGCACCCUUCCUGACCUGCGAGGUGGUGGUGACGCACCAGACACAGCCCGUACAGCCCUGGACAACAAGACUUCACUCCUCAACACCAUGCCUCUAAUGCACUCCAGCCCACGCUCCCGGGAUUACAAACCCUUCAACUACUCGGACUCUUUCAACAAGUCUACCCUCAAGGAGGCCAUGCUUGACGACGAUGCAGAACAAUUUCCAGAAGACAGUAAUCUGGACCAGUCAGAGCUGGUGGCAGAGCUGUUGAAAGAGCUGUCCAAUCACAACGAACGUGUGGAGGAGCGGAAGGCAGCCCUGUGUGAACUCAUGAAGCUCAUCCGGGACAACCUGCUUGUGGUGUGGGACGAACACUUCAAAACCAUCCUCCUGCUGCUGCUGGAGACACUCGGGGACAGAGAGCACGCUAUCAGAGCCUUGGCUUUGCGACUGUUGAAAGAAAUCCUCAACAGACAGCCAGUAAGAUUCAAGAACUAUGCAGAGCUGACCAUCAUGAAGACUCUAGAGGCGCAUAAAGAUCCACAAAAGGAGGUGGUACGAGCUGCUGAGGAAGCAGCUUCAAUGCUGGCGACAUCCAUCAGUCCAGAUCAGUGUGUAAAAGUGCUCUGCCCCAUCAUCCAGACAGCAGACUACCCCAUAAACCUGGCUGCUAUCAAGAUGCAAACUAAAGUCAUUGACAGAGUCUCGAGAGAGACCUUAAACCAGCUCCUCCCAGAGAUCGUCCCAGGUUUAGUACAGGGCUACGACAAUUCAGAGAGCAGUGUUCGCAAAGCCUGUGUGUUCUGUCUGGUUGCUAUCCAUGCAAUCAUUGGUGAAGAGCUUAAACCCCAUCUCGGCCAGCUCACUGGCAGCAAAUUGAAAUUGUUGAACCUGUACAUUAAGAGAGCACAGACAGGGAGUGGUGGCAGCGACCCAACGUCUGACAUCUCCAGCCAGAGCUAGUGAAGACCAGCACCGGCAACUGGAUCAGCGGGGGAAAAGGAGAGACGGGCACAUAACACAAAGAGAAAUCAUUUAAAACACAUCUUUGCCCAUUAGUUUUUGUUUUCAGUUACAUUACUGGAUGGCUUUCCCUCAAGCCUGCAUGUUAACUGUUGCACUAAAAGUUAUUUUGAAACGGAGGGGGAUUACAGUAUUAGUUUCAAAUGAUCAAGGUAAAUGGAGAUUAACAGGAAAUAAAAAAAAAACAAUUUUAAAUCUGCUCAUUAAAUCAUUUUCAUCUUU